AUGGCUGCAUCUGUCGAUUCGCGGGCCGAAGCGGCCAACUACUACGACCCUGAGAAAAAUGCGACCGGUGACCACUACUGUUUCUCGGAGACUACUCCGAUGUACAUCCGUCACGAAUUUGUCAAGAAAGUGUUCGGCAUCGUCACCAUCCAACUCGCGACUUUCGCUUUUAUGCUUGCAACCUUUAACGUCGAAGCCAUGAAACAGUUCUUCCUACUGCGGCCUUAUAUUGGGAUAGUGGCAAUCAUCAUCUUUAUGAUCGCCUCGAUUGUAGUUGUUUGCAAACGUUCCUUGGCACACAACAAGGCUGUAGCCGCUUCUCUUUUGGUUUUGAUGACAGGAUGUAUGAUGCUUUACGUUGCGUGCUUCGCCGUGCACUUUGCUGCAUUCGAAGUAACAGUAGCAGCGGGCAUGACAGCUGGUUUGACGCUGGGUGUCACUCUUUUUGCUAUGCAGACGAAGUAUGACUUUACAGGGUACAUCAUGCACAUAUUCUGCUUUAGCCUCGGCCUGUUCUUCGCUGGCAUCCUCAUUGCAAUCUUCCCUAGCAGGGCGCUGCGCAUUGCGUACUCAACAGUUGGAGCUCUGCUUGCGUGCGUCUAUCUGGUUGUCGACAUACAGUUAGCCGUUGGUGGUAGGAAGCACGAGUGGACAAUUGACGACUACGUCAUCGCGGCAAUAUCCAUCUACCUUGACAUCAUUAACCUCUUCGUCCAUCUGCUCAGGCUUCUUGGUGAUGCUAAUGAGUGA